GACACUUAAUGGACUAAUGCUGCAAUAGAUUGUUUACUCUUCUCUCUUUACUGGAUUAUAACGGUUUUGAAAACUGUCAAUAAUUUUGAUUUUUUUUAUUUGUAUCGUGUAAUUAUAUGCUAAGUUUAAAAAUAGUCCAUGGAUCAUUAAUUAUAUGAUAAAUGCUUGCUUUUUUUAGGACGUGGUGGUAUGCUGGCUAAGUCACUUCAGAGACAGUUUAUGGCCAAAGGUAUUUCCACAACAGAACCACUUCCAAAGACCAGUCUGCUUCUUGAGAAAACUUAAAACUAGUCCUCGUCUUCACAAACAGCCCAGACGUAAAAGAUGGUUGGCAUGAAACCCACUGAAGUGGCGCCCUCUGCGGCGGUUAAGUUCUUCGGAGCAGGCACGGCAGCCUGCAUUGCUGACCUCAUCACCUUUCCAUUGGACACUGCCAAAGUUAGACUACAGAUCCAAGGAGAGGCUCAGAAAGUUGAAUGGUCCAAUGCAGUGAAGUAUCGGGGAGUGUUUGGUACCAUCACCACCAUGGUGCGCACUGAGGGGGCUAGGAGUCUUUACAAUGGACUGGUGGCUGGACUCCAGAGGCAGAUGAGCUUCGCCUCGGUCCGUAUUGGCCUUUAUGACUCCAUGAAGCAAUUCUACACUCGAGGCACUGAGAGUGCUGGGAUUGUGGUUCGGCUCAUGGCGGGUUGUACCACAGGAGCAAUGGCUGUGGCUUUUGCACAACCAACAGAUGUGGUGAAGGUGCGCUUCCAAGCCCAGAUAAGGCUGGCUGAUGGUGAGAAGAGAUACAAUGGUACGCUGGAUGCCUACAAAACGAUAGCCAGAGAUGAGGGCGUACGUGGACUUUGGAAAGGCUGCUUGCCAAACAUCACCCGCAAUGCCAUUGUAAAUUGUGCCGAGCUGGUCACCUACGAUAUAAUCAAAGAACUGAUCCUAAAGUAUGACCUAAUGACAGACAACCUACCAUGCCACUUCACAGCUGCCUUUGGCGCCGGUUUCUGCACAACAGUUGUGGCUUCUCCAGUGGAUGUAGUUAAAACACGGUUCAUGAACUCAGGAACUGGCCAGUAUAGCAGUGCUGUCAACUGUGCCCUAACAAUGCUGAGAAAUGAAGGACCCACCGCUUUCUAUAAAGGGUUUAUGCCUUCUUUCCUGCGACUGGGAUCCUGGAACAUUGUGAUGUUUGUGACUUAUGAACAAAUUAAGAGGGGUAUGACCAGAGCAAAACAGUACUGGGAGUCGCCGUUUUAAAUCCACCUUGACAGACUGAGUUCAAGACUGGAGAGAUACAAUGGCCUAACCUGCAGUAGCAAACACUGCAUCAUGGUGGGAAAAAGAGAAAUGUAAGAGGAGGCCCAAAACAGACGGACAUAUAUGGUGAUGAGGCAGACGGGCACAUUGUUGAUGUGGCUCAGAUGCUGACUUUAUGAGUUAUAUGAGAUCAUAUGAAGACUUGUGGCAGGAAAAAAAAAACUGGGGACAUGGCUGCAAUGUCAGAAUGACUCAAAGAUGAGAGUAUAAA